CUCUCCUCUCUGGCUCGCUCUUGUCUCUUUUACAAAGAAAAACAAUGCCUCUUCCUCGUCCCCUGGCCAUUUUAGGGCCUACAGCCUCGUCCUCAUCCUUUCAUUUCCCACCUUGUCCCUUCAAACCAUCAUCAUUGUCCCGCCCUUGAGACACUCUUACAAGUGAAGGACGUACUCUAAUCCGAUGAUGUCGCAUCUUAGCUUAUCCAUUGUCCCUCCCACUUUUGGGUCAACUCGCGACCUGUUCUGCCAUUCUCACCACCCGGACCAUUCACCCGAAGUGACUUCCAGUCUUGGACUGUCCGAUAUUCCCUUCAGGGUAUCGCUGUGAUGGAUGCAUAUGACACUUUCGGCUCUCCCGGGAGAAGCCGUGAUGGCGGCGAUCCUUACGCCACCCGUGCACCAGUCGAUUCGUAUCGCCGCAGAUCGCCUGUGUCUCAAGACCGCCGUCGGGGUCGCGGCCGCUCUCGUUCGCCUGCCAUGAUCGAUCGCUAUGAACCGGUCGACCGUCGUGCUCCACGAGACGAUUAUUACGGCGCGUCCCGCGAGCAUGCCGCGCGUGAGCGUGACGACCGUCGUUCUGCGCCGUCGCCCAAUGUCGCCAACAUCGAUCGCUAUGUCCCGGGGCAGGAUUCCGGCAAGCGCCCGAUUCCCACAAAUCCUCUGCCUAACCCUCUCAACCUGGACUUCCAAGUUGGAUUCAAUUGGUUUGCAGAAUGGUGGAGGGCGGAGCAGGCAAUCAAGGAAGAGAAGGAACGCGCUAAGCACGGUGGCAGACGCCCAUCGGAUCGCGUCAAAGGAGAACGCGAGGCUCGCGAAGACAGAGACAGAGAAAGGGCACAAAUCCAAGCUGCUUACGACGCCUACAAAGUUGACCUUCAGGCCAAGAUGGCCCGCACUUUCGUUCAACACCAUCGCAACGAGGAAUGGUUCAAAGAGCGAUAUGUCCCGGAAGUGCGAGAGCCUCUCCGUCGCCGAUUGAUGGACUUCCGCAUGAGCGCUUAUGAGCAAUGGGAGAACGAUCUUGAUACCGGCAUCUUCGAUGAGUUCACUUUGGAAGGUAUCUACAAGAGCGAGAGCGACGGAGCCGGCGGUGUAAUCGAGAAAGAAGAGGGCGAAACAACUGCUGUUGGCGAGACGUUGGGUGUCUUGGAUUUGCUCCCAGCCAGAGGCGGCGACCUACGGGAUGAGGCGUUAUCCCAGUCAGCCUUACUGAUCAAGACCUUGGCUCCUAAUGUGAGUCGUGUCAAAAUCGAAGAAUUUUGCAAGGAGCACCUUGGGGAAUCAGACGGAGGUUUCAAAUGGCUCAGUCUAAGUGACCCUAAUCCUUCCAAGAAGUAUCAUCGGAUGGGUUGGAUCAUGCUUCACCCAGCUCCCGAUGUCCCCAUCGUUGAAAGAGGCGAUGGGCGCGAAGAAGAAGGUGAAGAGAUGGAUCAGGAUAGCAACUCCAACGGAAACGUGACCGUGUCGGCCGCUGAGAAAGCCCUCGAAGCUAUUAAUGACAAAACAAUCCACGACGAAGUUCACGGUGAUUUUGUCUGCCAUGUCGGUGUACAUGUGCCCCCAUCGCAACCCCGCAAGAAGGCUUUGUGGGACCUGUUCUCAUCCCCCGAGCGCAUCUCUCGGGAUUUGGAGCUGGCCAGGAGAUUGGUUUCUAGAUUGGACGCGGAGAUGGGGGCUCAUGCGGAUGGAUUCACCCGGAUUGAGGAGAGAGUCGAAGAUCUGCGCGGCAAGGGAUGGCUACAGCCCCCUGUGACUGGCCCCGUUAGCGUUAAGAAGAGGAAGUCCGAUUACGAUGCUGAUGAUAUCGAUGAGGGCGAGGCCGAAGAAGGAGAGGAGCGGGAGGGAUGGGAAGAUGACGACGUGGAUGACGAGGAACUUCUGGCCAAGAAGAAGAAAUUGGAUUUGAUGGUGGAGUACCUUCGAAGAGUCUACAAUUUCUGCUUCUUCUGUGUCUUUGAAUGCGACUCAGUCCACGAGCUUGCCCGGAAAUGUCCAGGUGGACAUCUUCGUCGCCCACGUGCUGGUCUGACAACACAGUCCAAAGCUGUCGCUCGAGCUAGUGCACUGGGGCAGCCGUUCCCCGUCAAAAAGAAAGAGCCAAGCGAGGAGGGCGAGGAACAGCCGCCCGCUGUGGAGGAAAGACGGUCUCAACGAUACAGCUCCAAGUCCGAACAACAGCUUCAGCGAGCCUUUAACUGGGUUAAGACCUUUGAAGACAAGCUCCUGCAGAUCCUUGAGCCUGAAAAUGUGGACAUUGCGAAGUUAGGCGGCAAGCCAGUUGACGAGGCCCUGGAGGAGGAGCUGAGCAAGUUCAUGAAGCAAGAGGACGAGUCAAAGUACCGAUGCAAGGUUCCUGAGUGCACGAAGCUGUUCAAAGCGGAUCAUUUCUGGCGUAAGCACGUCGAGAAGCGUCACACUGAGUGGUAUGAGAACAUUCGCAGCGACCUUGCUUUGGUCAAUGCCUACGUGCUCGAUCCCGCUCGCAUCGCGCCUUCCCGGUCGGAUGCCAACAGCAACGGUCAUUUCCCCUUGGGCACUGGACAAGGUCAGGCGGGUACUCCCCGCGGGUUCAGCCUGGCAUCAAUGCCGGCACAUUUCGCAGGCAGUAGUGGUGUGCCCCCAGGUUUCCAGGGUCUCCCUGGCUCUGGAUUGCCCGGGUUCAUGGGUGUCAAUAACUCAUCCUGGAGCGGAAAUGGUAUAGUUCCUGGUGAUGGCCAUGGCUUGCAUCAGCCCGGAGUUGUGCGUCGUGGUGGUGGUCGCUACAACAAUCGCACCGGACCUUACGAUCGCCGAGGUAACCGACAUGGUGCACAAGCAGGUGGCAUUGGCCGCUUGAGCCCGAUCCGUGGUAUGUCUAACAUCUAUGGAGCGGGAGGUCGUCUGCCGGCCAGUUCUGGAGCCCCAUACAUUCCUGCUGGCCACCCCGCUGCGGCUGCUAUGUUAGGGGGCGGCAAUUUCCCCGAUGCCAGUGGGGCGCAACAAGGUAUGGGUCCGCGCGAGGCUGUUCAAGGCCGCAGUCUGAAGAGCUACGAGGAUCUUGAUGCCGUUGGUGGUGCCGGCAGUGGGGAGUUGAAUUACUGAGGAAAUUAGCCCACCUUGUAACAAUUUGGCGUUGGCUUUCUGCUGCAUUUAAACCUUUCGAUUUAGUCUCGGCUUCGUUGCGUCUGUAUUGUAUUUCUCAAGGGGUUCUUGUCUCUUUUUCUCGCUUUCUUCUCCAUUUGCAGGUCAAAAACUGGUUUCGACGCAGCAGGUAGUUUU